UGUUUCAGAUUUCCAUUAUCUGCUUUUGUCAGGAAAUAUUAACGGGCGUUCUACCAUCUUGUGUUAGGAAGAUGGGUGUUUCUCUGCCUCAUACUGCGCAGCCGUUCCGCCAUCUUGAGAUAGGCGGGUAUGACUGUCAUUACUGCGCAUGCGUUCUGCUGUCUUGUGGGUUGGCAGUGAGGGUUUUUUUUGUCUCUGGGUCGUUGGAAACUGGAUACAAUGAGUAGGUUUUAGAGAUUGUUCUGCCCGGAAAUUAGGCAUUCGUUCCGGGGACCAGAUCUAGGAUCGCUUGCUCCCUUGUUGGUUCCAUUUCACUCAACGAACUCCUCCUCAAGGCUACCCUGUCCGAGCUGGUUUGACCAAUUGACAUGAACCCCAUGUUCAGGAGUCACCAGCACAAGCUUUUGACUGAGUACAUAACCGAAAUAGGAUUAGAAUAUUUGGGCCAGUGGCUCAGAUGCUUCAACAGAAGGAACUGAGAAGGACCAUUCUGCAUAGAGCAGGCAAGAUGAAUACUGCAGUUUGUACCACAUCGCUGCCCGAAGAACAAUUUCAUGUAGUUGUCUCAGGGGAAAGUGUUAAGUUUCUGAACAGCCUAACCCAAACUGAAAUCUGUCAAGAAGGAAAACCAGAUUCUACAAAUUCAGCUGAUCAGGGUACUGGUGCUGCUACGUUGGAACUGAAACUAUUCAGUAGCACCUCUGAAAAGAGUAUUUUCCAAGAUGUUGCUAUAGGAUAUUCUUCAUUUCAGGAGUCACCUUGUGAGACUAGUAAUAAGUUGCCCAUGUUUCCGGGAGAUUUUGUGCAACAUGAAGAUUUUAAAUGCUCCCGUUGCGAAAAGACCUUCAAAGAGUUAUAUUUAUUCACUGCUCAUCAACGCUUCCACAAGAAUGAGGAUGCAUUGAAAUGUAAGGUGUGUGACAAAGUGUUCAUGCAUAUGUCGAGUCUCCUGAAGCAUCACCGUAUUCACACCGGUGAGAGGCCAUUCAAGUGCGAGGUGUGUGGAAAGGCCUUCUCCGUUUCAUCAAGCCUGUUGCAGCAUCAACGUAUCCAUACAGGUGAGAAGCCCUUUCAGUGUGAUGUCUGUCUGAAGCGCUUUACUGAAUCCUCUUCGCUUAAAACACAUCAACAUAUCCACACGGGUGAGAAGCCAUUCAAAUGCUCUGAGUGUGGGAAGGGUUACAGCAGGUCAUCACAGCUGCUCAUCCAUCAGCUCACGCAUACAGAUGAGAAGCCUUACCAAUGUACUAUUUGUCUGAAAGGUUUCAUCCAGUUCACCCACCUCACCAAUCACCAGCGGGUUCACACUGGUGAGAAGCCAUUCCAGUGCAACCUCUGUCAGAAGCGUUUUGUCUCCUCCUCCUCACUUGCAUCACACCAGUACAUUCACACUGGUAAAAAGCCAUUUAAGUGUGAGAUGUGCGAUAAGACCUUUACGCAAUCAUCAAACCUCCUGAAACACCGACGCAUCCAUACUGGUGAGAAACCAUUCAAAUGUGAGGUAUGUGAGAAAACCUUCACCGUGUCCUCAAGUCUUCUGAAGCACCACCGCAUCCACACUGGUGAAAAACCUUUUAAGUGUGACGUUUGCUCAAAAUGCUUCAUUGAUUCCUCUUCUCUGACACGGCACCAGCGCAUCCACACAGGAGUGAAACCAUUCAAAUGUGAAGUGUGUGGCAAGGUAUUCACAGUGUCAUCAAGCCUCUUGAAACAUCAGCAUAUGCACAAAAGGUAGAAGACCUUCAGCUCUGACACCUGCCAGAAAUACUACAUUAUCUCCUUUUUGGAUGCAGUAGUAUAUCAACACAGGAGGGAAUCUAUACAGCUGUUUCAUAUUUAGGAAAGGUUUAAGCACAUCAUACACAUUAGCAUUCAUUCACAUGUGACUAUCUCCAGUUUUUCACUGCCAUAGAUUGGCAUCACUAUGACAGAAAAGUUACAGGAUCAGUAGGUGAAGUUUCUACUCAUAUACAUUAGUAAUGUCAAUACAAUUUGGACAGGGAAGGGGGCAAUCAGCAGAACCAGUGCAGAAUGUUGGGCAAUUUUUAAAAACUGAAUUAUGCCCAAAUCUGCUUAGGUUUGUGUUUUCUGUACUAUUUUAUGUUAAUUCAGAACUCCAUUAGCUAGAAUCUGGUCCUGUCCGCAAAACCCUCAGUGGAUGUUGCAAGAUCUCACAAAUUGCUUUUGUUCAGGAAAACUCUUAAAGUUGUACUAAUUUUCUUAGAUCACAGCAUUAGUGGGCAUGUUUUAAAUUAAUUCCUUUGUUAGUCAUUUUCAAUGGUUUUAAUUAAAAUAACAUAGAGGUAGAGACUGAUUAAAAAUGCUUAUUUUUGCUGAUUAAAGAUUUUCAGCUGUGUAUUUUAGAAAGAAAACUGCAUCAAAGACUAUUUUUACCAAAAAGGAGAAAAAGAAGCCAAUUUUAAUUCUUGUAUGACUCAUGGGCAUCAUCGACAAGACUGGCAAGUGUUGUCCAUCACUAGUUCUCCUUGAUUGGUUUUCUAGGCCAUUUCAAAGGGCAGUUAAGACUUAACCACAUUACUGGAGGCCUGCAGUGACACAUUGAAGCCAGAUCAGGUAACAAUGUCAGAUUUCUGUCCCUAACAUAUGCAAGAGAUUCGGAUGGUUUUUACAACGGUGUUUACAUUGUCGUCAUUAGACUAACUCUUAAUUCCAGAAUUUAUUGAAUUCAAAUUUUUCCAGCUGCCAUGGUGGGAUCUGAACCUUUGUCCCCAGAACAUUAGCCUAUGUUUCUGGACUGUUAGUCUAGUGACACUACCAGUCCACUAGGUAAUUACUACCUAUCUGCCCUAGUUUCCUGCCAGACUGUGCUUGUUUAUAGAAAAUGUAACACUUUUAUUUUUGAUCAUGCAAUUGAAUUUGGCAGACAUUGAACUAUAAUCACAUCAGUGCAAUUUCCAUAUAGUCCUUCUGCAUUUAUAUCACAGCCUUCAAUCAAUCACUCAUUUCAUAAUUAAUAAAGCUUUGGAAGCUUACAAGAAAUUCAGAAUCACUUAAACAAAGUUAUUUUUGUAUAGCUCCUUUCAUGAUCUUAGGAUCUUUCAAAAUACUUAAGUGCAGUUACUACUAUAAUAUAAGAAACAGGGCAGCCACUUUCCAAGCAAUAAGCAUGAAAUAAAUUACAAGGCUGUCUGUUUUAAGUUUGACUGUAAAUUUGAAACCCAUAGAAUGAAAGAGUGACAAUGUGAAUACGUAGGUAUCGGAGUAUCAGGAAAUAGAGUAAUGGUGUGUGGUUUUGUUUUUAGAAACCCAAAACAAAGCAUGUCAUUACAUGGACCACAGGUUCUCUUGGCGCAUAUUAAAGAUGUAUACUUGCGUGUGCAGGGUACAGUUUGAAAAUUUGCAGAUGACACCAAGCUUGCAAGUAUUGUGAAUGGUGAAGAGAGGACAUAGACUGGUGGAAUGGACAGAAAGUUGGCAAAUGACAUUUCUGGGAGAUGAAUGUGAAAUAACUUUUGAUGGGAAGAAUGAGGAGAGACAACAUAAAAUAAAAGAUAUAACACUAAGAGGUACAAAAGUAAAGGAAUUGGUCGUAGAUGUGGAAAUCCUUAAGUGUCAGUGCAGGUUAAGAAACUAGUUAAUAAUGCAUUUGAGAUCCAGGUUAGUUAGUAAUGGAUGAAUUUCUCUGGCAGCAAGUAGACUUGUGACAAUGGACCUUCUGUGCUAUAACCAUUUAUGUUUCCAGGUGUUAGUUGAGAUAGAAAAAUUACAAUCACUGCUGCUUAACUUGGGAACUUCAUCUCCUUUUGUUAUCAGGCCCGAGUUCUUAUUUAAAGCUAUGAUAUGUGAACACAAGCAUUUCAAAUGGCACAGUUAUGACUGAUCCUUCACAAUUUGUCAAUCAAUGGCACCUCUGUUUAAUUAUGGAAUCUACAAAAGAAAAUUUAGCUAUUCCAUGAUUGAUUCAGAAUGUUUCAGUAAAAAGUGCAUCACUGACUAUCUUGCUGACACCUUAAAAUAACUCCAAUAUAUAGGAAGAGAUGGAAUGUAGAGGAUCAAAUGGCAACACAAGCACUCCGAAGUCUGCUGUGUUACUGAUGCAUGUCUGGUUCCUGCUGCAAUUGCUUGUUAGAAGCAGGAAUUGGAUUUCUAAAUUCUGACUGCAUUAAAACAAGUGUGAAGAACCAUUGCAUAAUUACAGUAGCUUUCUUUUGUUAUGUCCAGUGAAAAUAGUGUUUGUUGCUGAUCAAUUUUUAAAUGUAACAUAAUUAAAGGGACUAAACACAACUAUUAAAAUAAUGCUUUGCUGAUGUGAUUUUUCUUCACCUCAAAUCUAUGUAAUAUUUAGCAUGGAAAAUCAUUGAAAGAGAUGGAAUAAAAUAGCCUGAAACACAA